GGUUCAAAAGUAGGACGAUCAUGUUUCCAUCUCGUGCUCGAAAAUUUCACGAAGGUAUGCUUGUUUCGAAUAGUGCAUGCAACGAAGAUAGUCGUGUUUCUGGAAGCUCUUAGAAAUGGCAUCAGACAGAGGAAUAUUUGUACAUUUAAUUGCUGGGGGUGCUGGAGGCACAGCGGGCGCGGUAGCGACCUGUCCGCUCGAAGUGGUGAAGACGCGCUUACAGUCCUCCCUGGGAACGUCACUGACGGCAUCUCACCCCGCAUUUCGUCCAUCCCACAAUACCGUGCUGGCGGCCCAUGCAGCUGGUAUCCACACGAGUCAGGGGGCAGUAAUACCUCUCAUGAGAUCACCGACCGGGAGUCUAAGAUAUUGUCUGGCACAUAUCCUAGAAACUGAGGGUGUUCAAGGUCUCUUUAAGGGUUUAGGACCGAAUCUCGUUGGAGUGGCCCCCUCCAGGGCCAUUUACUUCUUUUCCUAUGCCAACAUGAAGACCUUUCUAAACUCCAGGCUAACCCCUGACACACCAAUUGUUCAUUUCUUCUCGGCACUAACUGCAGAUGGAUGCUGCAGCUUUCAAUAGAGAAAACUACAGUACGCUUGAGUACUGUCCCUUUUCUUCUCCCUCACCAGAGGGCACUAUUAACAGAGGGUACUUAAAGGUACAGUAAAGGCUACUUGGAUUUUGGCUCUGUUUGGAAUCUUUACCACUGUGGAAGAUAUUGCAAUAUUGAUGCAUGGAUGUACAAUAAGCUACAAUGUAGGCCUUAAAUUUAAAAAUGAAACCCUUCAAGAUUUUUCACAAGACCCCUUUUCAGGACAGAAAAACUUGCAUUAUUGGCAUUCAUGCAUCAGUUUCGCAAAUCAACAGCAAAAGAGAAAACUAUAAAAGGGAAUACCUUUGAAAUUGCACAGAAAUUGAGAAUAGGAGUAGGAAGUUGACAUCACUCAACUCACAUUAUUAACAGUGUGCCAUACAUACAUUGACAUACAAAACUACAAAUAUUGUUUACAU